AUGACAAAAGAAUUAUUGAAUGAAGUAACAUUUACAAUAGGAUUAGUCGACAGACUUCUACAUAAAAAACAAGAAGGCGAAGCUCUCAAAGAGCUGGCAACAGUCAUUACGACGCUGCACAAAACUCUUAAAUGUGAAGAACUAAUGGACGUCUUCAUUAUGGCAUGCACGAAAAGAAUUAAUGUUAAUCAUAAGAAACGAGAUUUUGAAGCGCUCUUAUUCGAUGUACGUCUUCUAGAAGAAGUUCAAUACGAUAUAUACAGCGACGAAGACAUUUUUCUUAUGAAAAUGGAGGCACAAUUGGAGUUGCAGAAAAAACAAAUAUUUGAUGAAUUUGGAAAAUUUAAACUUCGUUCUAAACGAAUUGAAGUCAUACGAGGAAAUAUUAAUAUAUAUGAUGAUGUCGACGGAAUUUUUUCAAGAGAAAAUAAAAAACAAAGAAAAAGAAAAAAUUAUGGUUAA